AGCCCGUGUCCUCCCGGGAGGGCCCCCGACAUCAGUAGCCAACGGAGGCACCCCGCCGCCGAUCCACCACGCAGCCGCGCAACGCUGCGUCUGGUAAGCCCGCGAACUAGCUGGCGACGAGUACCCCGCCACCGGACCGAGGAGCAUGUGGACGCCCUCCCACCCCGCGGCGCAGCGUCCUCCCUCCCACACAGCGGCGUCCUCCCACCCCGUCCCGGCGCGCCCUCCCACCCCUCGGCCCCCACCGCCGCGCAGCAUCCCCGAGACGCCGCCCCGCCCCACCCGGGCGCUAGACAACCCCACCCCGCCACCGCGCGCGGCCCCAAGACGCGCACAGGCAGCGCUAGGCGCGGACGACGCCCGAAACAGACGCUCACAUCCCCUCCUCCACCUCCUCCUCCACCUCCACCUCCGCCCUCCGCGGGCGGUGGGCGAUUUGAACGGCCCAGUGCUCUCCACGUGCUCGUCCGCGGCCGGCUGCACGUCUCAUCUCCACUGUGCGUUGCCGGCAGCGCCGCUCGCAUCCCGUGUGGUGGAAGGGGCGACGGCGACGCGGUCGGCUUCACAGAAAGAGUCGAGCGAAGACCGUUGCGUCGCCACAUCCGACUGAGGCGCUGCCUCCUACAUCCGCUGCCGCACUCUUCGGCGAAGAGGCACGCCUCUCGGCUUUUCAUUCACUCUUCUGGAGAACCAAUUAACAUUCAGAUGGCGUGUCAAACCGGUUAAGCCCGACUAGCACUGUUCUGUCAUUCUCUUUCUUAUAAUCAAAAAUGUCCACGUCUGCCAAGAAGUAGUAAAAAAAAGUACUUCUGUUUAUCGGUUUCGUGCAUCACUAAACUAAAUUAAUCCCCAUCAUUAGUGAUCAAAGUGGCAUUUUAAAAUUAAAAUUUACAGAGAAAUCGUCAUUUUUUUUAUCAAGGUGUAAAAGUCACAGACACUUUUUAAGAGAGAAAGGAAUAACACUUGUUGGCUAGUGUGAAGAUUGCAGAUGUCUGAAGAAUAUGUUUGCGGCUACAACUUCUCCUUGUUUCGGUUAAAUAUUCAAUAAAGAUGCAGAAACGGAAAAUCUUUCAUCAUCUGAUCCAACAGUAAUAAAAAGAAGGUUCCUCUGCGAUUCAAUUCAACCGGUCUCCCGCCAUGUGUGAUAGUGUACUGCAUGUUAGUGAAAGUGUGUGUAAAUAAAGG